AUCUCUGCGAUGUAGCAAUCCUGUCGGUUUAUGACUCCUCUUCCCGUUUUAGGCAAUAAUACUGAACCAGCCUGAACUGUAAAAGCAGGUGAUUGGGUAUAAUGUAAUGUAGGUGGCGCUCUGAGAUAGUUUCGGCCGCUCUGAUUGGUCUGGAUUGUGCAAUGGGCAAGAUCGGUGACGCGGCCUCUCUUCUGGCACGAAAGACGCCAUUUUGUUGUAACAGUGAAGAGGAACGCGAGAUCAAAACCGAGAAGCCGCUUGCAGAGCCAAAACUAAAACAGCCAGUCGCUUAAAAAGGAUAAUAGGGGCCACUGUUGGGAGGCGAACCAACUUCAGGCGAUUUUCCUCCUUGACCUGUGGCAGAGUUAAGGUUGUUUAAAAUAAUCAAACCACAAUGGGGAAUAUAUUUGGGAGCUUGUUUAAAGGCCUUUUUGGGAAGAAGGAGAUGAGAAUUCUGAUGGUAGGGUUGGAUGCAGCCGGAAAAACAACAAUCCUUUACAAACUGAAAUUGGGAGAGAUUGUAACUACCAUCCCCACAAUAGGCUUUAAUGUAGAGACAGUAGAAUACAAGAACAUCAGCUUUACAGUGUGGGAUGUAGGCGGUCAAGAUAAAAUCCGACCUCUCUGGCGCCAUUACUUCCAGAACACACAAGGCUUAAUUUUCGUGGUUGACAGUAACGACAGGGAGCGAGUAAACGAGGCGAGAGAGGAGUUGACGAGAAUGCUUGCAGAGGAUGAGCUGCGGGACGCUGUCUUGCUUGUUUUUGCAAACAAACAGGACUUGCCCAACGCCAUGAACGCUGCUGAGAUCACAGACAAGCUGGGGCUACACUCGCUGCGCCACCGGAACUGGUACAUCCAGGCCACCUGUGCCACCAGCGGGGAUGGUCUCUAUGAGGGGCUGGACUGGCUCUCCAACCAACUCAAAAAACAGAAAUGAUCCAUUCCAUUGGUCGUGUGAGGAGGCGGUGGCGGCACUAGUCCUGGCCCCUCCACCCACCUGGGGUUCUGGCUGGUGUGUGUGUGUGUGUGAGUGUGUCUGCAUGUCUGUGAGCUCGGAGUGGGAGCAGCCCUCGUGCACUGUGCCUUACACCUCCUGUGGAAACAGUAUUUUGGUUUCUAAAGAACACUACCUGCCUUUUUGUCUCUAGCCAUGGGAAUUUUAUACUUAGGCACUGAAAUUUACAGGGUAUACUGGCAGUCAGUUAAGAAUAGUGCAGGGCUUCUAGAUUUUAUUACAACAAACUGGGUGUCCUCUUUGUGGGAUGAGUAGGACUGAACAGGGCUGUAGGGAUUUGUGUCUAGCAGUUCACAAUUACCGGUUAAUAGAACAUUGCUAGUAGUUUUUAUUGUAAUGUAGGACUAGAAAAAGAAAACUUUGUCUGUCAUUCCAGUACUUCCAGGAUUUCAGUAGGGCUGCCUGCUGGACAUCUGGUCAUUUUCGUCUUUUAAAAGCCUUUUGAACUUAUAGUCAUCUGACCUAUUGGACACUCUUGGUUGCAGUUGUUUCACUAGAUAUAAAGAUUUUGGUACUUCGCCAUCUGUGGUCUGUUUUAUUGUAUUAAACACUAGAAUGCAGCAUUGAACUGUGCUUGAUGAUUCUCGAUCAUGCAUGUUCUGAUUUAUUUAGGCAUAAAAACCUAGAAAUGGUGUUUGGGUAAGUGGGUUAUUUUGCAUUUUCAUAGUAUUUUCAGAAACUACUACCUUGAGAGUUAAUUUAUGUAAACUGCUGAAUACAUACAGGGUUGUCAAUUAUAUGGGGAUGGGGACAGCAGAGAGGGGAUUGUAGUUUGAAAAUAUAGAAAAGCAGUAUCUGAGUUUUGUGAUCUAAUAGAAUGUGUUAAGAGCAGUUAUUAAGUUUAGGGGCUUUUAAGGUAAAGCUCGCUUAUUUCCUGUUUCCGCACUGCCUGCCUAUUGGCCAGAGAUCCUAAAAAAUAGUAUUGGUGCACAAAGGCCUGGAGUGGUAAGGCCUUUACAGAGAGCUGCUCCCACUCAUGUUUUUGUACAGAAUACCUGACUCAGAUGGGCUUGCUGCUGGGAAAACGGUGUACAGUUGUAUCUUGCUGCGAAUCUAACCCAUUUGUCUUGAUUUGGGGUGGGUUGAGAGGGGUGGGUAGGUUGGGCAGUUUCUGGAAUGGGGUGGGGGUUGUGAAUCUAUGACCUUAAUUCAAUGUGUGUGUGUCUCUUGGAAGUGCACUGAAAUUCUGGUGUUGAGCUGCUAUAGCAGUAGAAGAGACAAAGGAUGGCUUGCAAAAAGUAUUGUAUUGUAUUAAAUGAAAUUGCAUGCAGCAAAGAAUCUUGUGCUUCAAAGAAGACAUCCGGAUAUGCUGCAUCAGGAAACAGCCCUCUUAACCUGUACGUCAACACAAUCACUAAUGGUAUCGGCACAAAGAUCCCAUUUCCAUGUUGCCGUUUUGUAAUGUUCACAAAGGGGUUCUAUUGCAAAAGUGUGCUGCAGGAACAGACAUGCAUAGGUACAAAUAUGGGCAAAGAAUUAAGUUGGUGCUGCAAUGAGAGCACAACUAAACACCCAAAAAAAUAAGUGCCGCCCAGGGGCUGAUGGAUAUGUGGACAAAGGGGAUUAAUACUAGACAUGUUUACUUGCAAGAAUUUUUGGACAUGGCCUGUUUAAAUAAGGAGAAAGGAUGUUACCUGUUCAUUAUCUGGGACUCCUGUAUUGUCUGCCUCCACCCUUACCAGUGAAGCGCCAAGAAGCGGUCCUGUCUAGGUCAGAGGUUCUCAAACAUGGUCCAGGGGACCCCCUGUGUCUUCUGGUUUUCAUUCCAACUGAGCUCUCAGUUACUUAACUAAACCCUUCAUUGAACUAAUCGUUUGCUUAAUUAGACCUUAAUUGUGUUUUGCGUUAACAGUUUCAGAGUUCAAGUUAAUUAGAAUAAAAUGUUACAGCUAACUUGAAAUCUGCAAUUGUUUAAGAGCUGAAAACAAGUAAAAAGGUCUAAUUAUGCAAA